AUGGCAACUACAACAACGACCGGAGCUUUGGCAACUAGCACAGGCUGUGGGACCUCAGCCCAGUACGAAAUCCCCAUCAAAGACGCAUCAUGUGGAGUUCCCAACAACGACAAGUACAAAGGAUUUCUUUCAAAAUGCGCAAAACCCGCAGGCGUGACUGCCUAUGACAACGACUGUGCUAUCUAUGCCCCGGCCGUUGAUCAAUCAGUCCACGAGCUUACCGAGUGCCUCUACAAAGCGGGCGUCGACUGGAAGGACGUGUGGUGCUACGGAGAUACCAAUGCAACUGCAACGGCGACCUCGUACCCGACUUCAACGGAAACCUCUACCAAAUCAUCUUCCGACAAGACAUCCUCAGGUACCUCAACGGAGAGUGCGGCGACUAGCACAAGUACCUCUGGGGCAGAUGCAUCUCUGCCCCAGGCCCAUACCAGCUUGAAGGCUGUGGUGCUUCUUUCAACCCUGUUUGCCUCCGCCGUGUUCAUCGGAGUUUGA